CACGCAUUGCAUUAUGGUCAGGAUUUUACAAUAUGUCGGAAAGAUACAGCUUUAGUUUGACAACUUUCAGCCCCUCAGGGAAGCUUGUCCAGAUUGAAUAUGCCCUAGCAGCAGUUGCCGCGGGUGGGCCAUCUGUUGGAAUCAAAGCUUCUAAUGGAGUUGUUUUAGCUGCUGAAAAGAAACAAAAGUCAGUACUCUAUGAUGACAGUACAAUUUGCAAGGUUGAGAUGGUCACCAAGAAUAUUGGAAUGAUCUACAGUGGGAUGGGCCCUGAUUACAGAGUACUUGUACGGCAUGCUAGAAAAAUAGCUCAGCAGUACUACCUGAUGUACAAAGAAAAUAUCCCAACCUCUCAACUCGUCCAAAGACUGGCAUCCGUCAUGCAGGAAUACACACAAUCAGGUGGUGUUCGUCCUUUUGGAGUCUCACUGCUUGUUGCUGGUUGGGAUGAUGACCGACCAUACUUAUUCCAGUGUGACCCUUCUGGCGCUUACUUUGCUUGGAAGGCUACUGCUAUGGGUAAAAAUUAUGUCAAUGGAAAGACCUUCUUAGAGAAAAGAUAUAAUGAGAGUUUAGAGCUUGAAGAUGCAAUACACACUGCAAUUCUAACCCUAAAGGAAAGUUUUGAGGGACAGAUGACUGAAGAUAACAUCGAGCUUGGAGUGUGUAAUGAGAAUGGAUUCCGUCGACUUACUCCACCAGAGGUGAAAGACUAUCUAGCAGCCAUCAUCUCCUAAGCGUCUCACACACAUGAUGCAUACAUGAUACUAAUAGUGGAAGGUGUUUAGAAGAAAGGGCUAGGUCUAGGUUACAUUGCAUGCCCCAAUGAGCUCAAACUAGUUGCAUAUGUGGCAACAACGCCACAAUGUAACAUUUUGUAAUGCUACUGGAAGUAAAACUCUGCUUAUCACGA